AUGAAACUUCAGCUUCUAUCGUUGCUGCCAUUGGCGUCGACCGCCAUUGCCAGCUGGUCGAAGAACCUGAACUAUCGUUCCCCGUCUGAGCACCAUCCCGGGCUCGGCAUCUCCAUCCAUCGAGUUGUCAAGAGGAACGACCCACAGUCCAGCUACGAUACCGCAUCCUUGAACUUUACUCACGGCGUUGCGUCUGGCGACCCGUACCCGAACAGCGUCAUAUUGUGGACUCGUGUUGCGCCGCAGAGUGACAACUCGCAGUCGAACUUGACGGUCUCUGGAUAUGCUUCACUUUACGACCAUGAUAACGAGAAAUAUGUUCACGUAUCAAAGUCGCCAAUCUGCGUCGAGUACAAGGUCGCGUCAGACCAGAAUCUCACCAGCACGGUGGAGUCUGGCAAGGUUUACACUAGCUCAGACGUCGACUUUACUGUAAAGGUUGAAGCAAAAAACCUGAAACCGUACAACACUUAUUACUACCAAUUCAACGUCUGCAACUCGAGCAACAAGAGUCCACUCGGACGAACAAAAACAACACCAAACGCGGACGACGACAUCACAAAUGUCUCAAUCGCUGUCUACAGUUGCGCGAACUACCCAUUCGGCUUUUUCAAUGCGUACGGCAACGUUGCCCGAAAGGACUCAGUGGACUACGUAGUUUUCCUCGGUGAUUAUAUCUACGAAUACGAGAACGGCUACUAUGGCUGGGGGAACAGCCUGGGACGUAUUCCUCUGCCCGACCGCGAGAUUUUCAGUCUAUACGACUACCGCAAGCGUCUGGCUACCUAUCGCACCGACUUGGAUCUUGUCGAGAGUCAUCAGAAGUUUCCUUGGAUCCCUGUAUGGGAUGACCACGAAGUAGCAGACAACACCUACCGUGACGGUAUGGCUGAGUUGAACAACACAGAGGACUCUUUCAUUAAAGAUGGUGUAGGCGUUGCUGUAGAUCAACGUAAGAUGAAUGCCGUCCGCGCAUACUUCGAGUGGAUGCCUAUCAGGCAAGUGGACAUGGACGACAAUCUCCGUAUCUGGCGCUCGUUCUCCAUCGGCAAGCUAGUCGACUUAACGAUGUUAGAUACUCGGCAGUACGACCGCUCAAUAACUGAUCUUUACUGGAAUACCGACUACGUGCACGAAAUUUCCAACGACGCAGGACGAUCACUCAUGGGCUCCCGCCAAGAGAACUGGUUCUACAGAAGUCUUUCAGAGUCGGCUGAGCGCGGUGCCACCUGGCGAGUGAUAGGCUCGCAGAUCGUGUUUUCACGCGUAAACCAGUCAGCGGCCUAUGGCAACGAUAACCCUUUGAACUACGACGCCUGGGACGGAUAUCAAGCGAACAGGAACCGCACUCUGAAUCACCUAUACAGCAACAACAUCAACAACAACAUCUUUCUUGCUGGUGACAGCCACGCUUCCUGGGUCAGCGACCUUGUCUGGUUGGGCGAAAAGGAGUACAACAAGAGCACGGGUAGCGGAAGCAUUGGUGUCGAGUUCGCCGGUAGUGCUGUGACUUCGCCAUGCCCAUACGGUGCAAACAUCAGUCUCGCUACUGCAAACAACUACUCUUCGUGGAUCCAAAACGCGAACGAUGAGCUCCAAUGGCAGGACCUGUACUAUCGUGGAUACUUUGAGCUCCACUUUACCCACGACAAGGUCGAUGCAAACUUCUUUGGUCUGCCGACUGUUGUUACCAGAAACGGAUGGGAGAUCCCCAUUGCGAAUUUCACCGUCCUUGCUGGCGAGAACAAGCUGCAACGACCUGUGGCAGGAGGAGUCGUCGAAAGUGGAAGUCUUAAAUUUGGAAAAGUCGUGCAGAACAACAUCACUCUUGAUACAAAUAAUGGCACAUGGUUUGUGAGCCAGGCCAACUUGGAGGUACUGUAA